AUGUCAUUGAAGUGGCUUGAUGCUAUUACAGAUAAAUUACUUGAUGCCGGCUCCAAACCACCAGGUACACCUGCUGGUCUUUCACUUUCAAAAAUACAAAUGCUUUGCAAGGAAGUUCGUAAAAUUUUAAUUGAUCAACCAAUCCUUCUCGAGCUUCAGCCUCCGCUUACAAUCUGUGGAGAUAUUCAUGGUCAGUAUCACGAUCUUCUUCGCAUUUUUGAUCGUUGCAAAUACCCACCACAAACAAAUUACCUAUUUCUUGGCGAUUAUGUUGAUAGAGGUGUCCAAUCCAUUGAAACAAUAUGUUUAUUAUUCUCAUACAAAAUCAGAUAUCCAGAAAACUUCUUUUUACUCAGAGGAAAUCAUGAAUGUUCGUAUAUCAAUCGUGAAUUUGGUUUCUUCGAUGAAUGCAUACAGCAAUAUAGCGUCACUGUUUGGCGUAUGUUUUCAGAUGUGUUUAACUGCUUACCACUUGCAGCCAUUAUUGAUGACAAGAUCUUCUGCGUUCACGGAGGUAUUUCACCAAAUCUUAGAAAGCUUGAUGAUAUCCGUGCAUUAGAAUCUCAGAGACCAUUCGAAAUUCCAGAAGAAGGUUUAGUAUGCGACCUAGUCUGGUCAGAUCCAGAUUUCGAAACACCUGAAUGGGCAGGUAAUGAUAGAGGUGCCUCAUACGUCUUUGGUGUCAAUCCGCUUAAGAAAUUCCUUGAAAGAUUCCAUUUCGAUUUAGUUGUAAGAGGUCAUCAAGCCGUUAUGGGCGGAUAUGACUUCCCAUUCCAAGACGAGCAAGGAAUUGUUACAUUAUUCUCUGCUCCAAACUAUUGUUAUGAAUACGAUAAUAAAGGUGCUACAAUGCAAGUGGACGAAAAUCUCUUCUGCAGCUUCACUGUUUUGCCACCAAUGAAGUGGGAAGAAGACUAUUUCGUUGGUCCACGUCCAGGUACACCACCAAGAGGAACAGAAGAAAACGGUCCAACAGAAUUGCACCUCUAA